GAUAAUUGAUUCUUCGAUCGUAGGCAGAGAAUGUAAUGAUGUGCCUGUUGUAUGAGAAGCCAUUUCCUAUUUAGGUAGGUCAUUUCUACGCCACGCUACCCCACUCAAGGAAGCGCCACAACUCAAGCCUCCCCCGAGACGACAGGUCGCGCGAGCUAAGAGGUAAUUGCGACAACCAUUGAACAACCGUCACUCCUCCUCAUUCACAGCAGCAAAUAUGUCGCCUACCAAGGACCCCAGAAGAGUUGACCUGAUCGUCCCUUACCAAGAGCCCAAGGGCUCAGGUGACUCGACCGAUCUCUCCUCAACGAUGUCUACUACCCUGCCAAUGGCUGCUAUGUUUACGCGCAACAAGAUGGUUGGAUGGGCGUCAGUUGUCUUCUCUAUCCAGAGCUGGCUCGGCGAGAGCGAGGACUCGAAGAAGAACUCCACCACUCCUGGAUACUUCUCUGUUGGCAUGUCCAUUAUGGCCCUUGCUGUUACUUACCUCCCUAUGUUCCUCCCUCCCGUCGGUGGUAAGCAGGCCUCUGGUACCGAGGCCCCUGCUCCUGUCCCUCUGGCAUAGUAAGCAAAGAGGCCGGGCUGUAUAUAACGGGAGGACUUGUGGAAGAGGAAAAUCACCUUUAAUUAUUGCUGAGCGUUAUCAUUUCCAAGGUUCCAAAUUGCUCCGUACUCUGGGGAGGGGGGAAUUGAUGGACAGGAUAUCUGUAUUAUGAGUUCUUGUAAGAAUGAACGAGCUUUCAAGUUUAAAGAGUUCUGCAUCCUUCACCCCAUUCUCACGAACUAUGACAACCUGACUUCGUUCAACAUAACGUGAUUAUCGAUGAUUUAAUACUAUCCAGGAGUGAACAAGGGUCAAAAGUGUGUGUAUUGGUCUUGAUAGAAGUGCA